GAAGAGCAGGCCCCGGCCCCGGCCCUGGCUGUGACGGGGCCUCGAUGCGGGGCUAGGAGCGCAGCCGCCCCUCGGCCUGCCCUGCCCGGGUGCGGAGCCGUGCUUUCUUCCCAGCCGGAAGCCGUCGGCCUCAGUGUCUGCGAUGAACCCGGUGAAUGCCACAGCCUUGUACAUCUCCGCCAGUCGUCUGGUGCUCAGCUACGGCCCCGGGGAGGAUCCGCAGUGCCUGGCCGAGAUCGGCAAGCUGCUGCCCUACUUCCGGCAGUCGCUCUCCUGCUGUGUGUGCGGAAAUCUGCUACAAGAUCCAAUUGCACCCACCAACUCCACAUGUCAGCAUUAUGUCUGCAAAAGCUGUAAAGGCAAGAAGAUGAUGAUGAAACCAUCGUGUAGUUGGUGCAAGGACUAUGAGCAGUUUGAAGAAAAUAAACAGUUAAGCAUUCUGGUGAACUGCUAUAAAAAACUAUGCGAGUACAUAACGCAAACACCACUAGCACGAGAUAUUAAACAGGCUGUUGACACUUCUCCAGAUCUUUUGACUUUGCUUAAAGAUGGCUCCCCACUCCAUGAAGAUACGGAAAAAGCAUCUGAUGAAACCUUGGCAUUGUGUUUGACACAUUCCCCAUCACCUUCAACCUCAGAGCAUGCUAAUGAGCCUCCAGCGAGUAAUUCUUCUGUACCUGAAAGCACAUAUGACUCUGAGGUGAAAGGCUCCGCUGUUAAUGGGUUGCCCAAUUGUAAUGGGCUUUCGGUAGAUAAACUUGGAGUAAAUAUUCCUUCCCCUGAACAUACAAAUACAAUUAAUGUAUGUAGCCCUGGACAGUACAUAAAAACUGAAGAUAUUUCCAGCACUCUUCAGCCUAUCUGUGACAUAGUUUCCCCUAGUGACUUGUGUGCGACGAGCAUCGAUAUCCACAGUUUCAGCGAAGACAUCAAACCUGGUGAUUCUCUUUUACUUAGUGUUGAGGAAGUGCUACGGAGCUUGGACUCUAACUCAGAAAUCUGCGGUCCUAAUUUGCAACACAGCUUGGAAACCAAUCUAUCCAAUGGUCCUUUUUUGCAGCUUUCUCCCCCACCUCCUAGCCAUAACAUGUUCAUGUCAAUGGGUGCUUCACCUCAUGGGAUUUCAUGUACAGCUGCGACACCUAAAGUAGUCAAAUUAAACAGAAAGCGAUCGCGAUCAGAAAGUGAUAGUGAAAAGGUUCAGCCCCUUCCAAUAUCCCGGAUCCUUUGUGGCCCAACGUUGGGAGCCUCAACUCCUGUAACAGUGAAGCAGGAAGCAAAGAUGUCUUUGCAGCCUAUAGCAACUGUACCCAAUGGAGGCACUGCUCCUAAAAUAGGCAAAACUGUACUGAUACCAAGUAAAAGCAUGAAAAAGAAUCUAGACCAUACCGCCAAGAAAUCUCACCCUAAAUCCAAAUCAGGCAUGCUAAAAACAAAAUCAAAAGAAAAAAAUCCUAGCAGUCAUGUUGUGCCAGGAAGUCCAACAAAAACUGUGUACAAAAAGGCACAAGAAAAGAAGGGGUGCAAAUGUGGCCGAGCUACCCAAAAUCCAAGUGUUCUUACAUGUCGUGGCCAACGCUGCCCUUGCUACUCGAACCGUAAAGCCUGCUUAGACUGCAUAUGUCGUGGCUGCCAAAAUUCAUAUAUGGCUAAUGGGGAGAAGAAACUGGAGGCAUUUGCAGUGCCAGAAAAGGCCUUGGAGCAGACUAGACUUACUUUGGGCAUUAAUGUGACAAGCAUUGCUGUGCGCAAUGCCAGCACAAGUACCAAUGUAAUUAAUGUGACAGGGUCACCAGUAACGACGUUUUUAGCUGCCAGUACAAACGACGAUAAGAACUUGGAUGAAGCUAUAGACAUGAGAUAUGACUGCUGAGUCAUUCUUUUUUCUUUUCUUUUCUUUUUUGGCUUUCUCCCCUGCCUUUGCUAAGGGGACUGCUACAAUUUUGAAGGCAGCUAUGGUUCUGUUUAACUUGCCGGAGCUCCUACAUAUAGAUCACUUGUAUCAAGUGCUUUUCAUUGCUAUGUUGUGUGUUACUGUCUGGGAAAUAGUUUUGACGGUAAUUGCAGAGUUACCCUAAAACUGUCUUUAGUUCUUACAGCACCUCAUAGUUUCAGAUCAAAUGCUAAUGUAAAUGAUUUUUAAUACAGAAUGACUUUUGGGCAAAUACUGACCUUGUUGUACCAGUUCAUGCUUUGUGCUUAAUCAGAGAUUGGUUCAAUAUACAGAAAUGGUUUUCUAGUCAGUCCAUCACAGUUGUUCCAAUUUAUGGUGUAUCCAUAGUUAGUGUCAAUUUUGCAAGAAAUUCAGCACCAUGCUCAUGCUAGAAAUCUAGAAAAAAUGUCACCUGCCAGUCUCAUAAUAACCACGUUAUUUGUGGAUAGGGAAAUUAGUAAUUUAGCACCUUAAACUUGUUCGAAAGUGAAACUUCCUGUAAUUGUCUGAUGCAUAUAUGGUGUUCUGAAGCAAAUAAAUGAUCAAUCUGAGCCCUUCAGUUGAUGUCACUCAAGAUUCUCAAAUAUUUGAACUUCUUUUGAGUAAUAUUUUGAAAAUAAUAGUUGGAGUUCCUUUGUCAUGAAGCAGCCUCCUAAAUUUUUUUAUUACUUUUCACAAUUUUUCUAAACGUUCACAGAUUGAUGUCAUUAGUUUAUUUCAUGAUGUGUCAUACUGUUAACAUUAAUCUUCAGGAUAUCAUUGCUGAGUUCAUUAUGAAAUAGAAACUGUAUAUUUUGAACUGUUAUGCUAGUUGGCUACAAAAUAAAGGCAAUUUAAUUCCCAUGCCAAAGUUACUGAGACAUCAUUGUAUUCUAUACAUUAAAUUUAAGCCGUUGCAGCAGUAUGAAUACCCUCCCACCCUACCUGGCAUGCUACUGCUGCUCCAGACAUGUGACACUGCCAAGCCAUUGACUUUCAGUUGAGGUUCUCUCAUGCCUCUCCUUUAAGAUCUGGUGCUUGGUUUUUUCCACCCCACCCCCCAUGUAUUGCUCUGCUCUUACUUGGCCUGCAGAGUGGGACUGUAUGCACAAAGGUCAGGCACAGCAGGGCCUUGGUUGAAAAUGAAUGAAAUGCUGCAAUGAAGCCAUGUCUGGAACAGCAGUGUUGUGGCAAAGAUGGAAAGGGCAUGGAUAUUGCAGUUAUACUUGGAUCCUACAGGAGCUGCUCCAUAUCCUGCUCAGUGUGCAAGGUAUUUCAUUAGUGUAUUUCUGAUUAUACCAUGAAAAAAGACAACAAACGGUAAAGUUGAAAAUAUACCACUUCAUAUCAAUCCUUGGGAUGUGUUCAUCGAUUUGGGAUGUGUUACAGACUUUUAAUUUGUCAUCUUGCAUAAACUAUGGGCUGACUAGAAUAGAAAAGUUUGAGUUGUGUCCAAUAAGCCUCUCCCCACCAAUGGAAUGGCUUCCACCAGGCAGAAUGAGGAGUGGGGAGAUUCCCUCUCCCCUCUGCAGUAUCACCUCCCCCACCCACCCCAGCUGUCCUCAAAAUCUGCUCUGGAGGGUUAGAGGACCUUCUGGGGCACAUUCUGGGGGAGCUGCAGAGGGAGGAGUAAGUGGAUGCAGACAUCUAUUCAUGCAGUGUUAGAUUUCACGCCUUAACAGUCUAGAUUAAAAAAAUCAAAGUCCCAAAUUAGAGCAAUAUUUCAAAAUAGUCUGUCUAAAGAAGUAAUGCAACAGUUUCAAAACUCCUUUACACUUGUCAUCUAAUUGUUCAUUGAGUGACAUUGUGAGUGAAUUAUUAUGACAUUAGACACUUUGGAUUUGGCACAAAGCAUGUACAAUGAUGGUUACUAGGUCUGAAAAGUAAGUAAAAGGUUUUGGACACCAAUUGAAUGAUGCCUCCUUUUUGUUCUGUAGUGUACCAUGGUGUCAUUUUAUGUGAAUGUGGUCAAAUAGCAUUUUUGUUGGCUUUCCAGUUUGUUUUUCCCCUGUCUUUUCUGUGGGUAGGGCAGGGUGGGGGGGUUAAAGCCAUAGGAAGAAGAAUGUGAUGUAAGUGUUCAGUAUGUACUUUUUUGUUUCUGUUUUGCAAGAAGAGUUGAAAAAAAUAUUUUUGAUAAUGAGAGUAAAUGGUGGAAAAUGCU